AAUUUCCUUUACUCUUCAAACCAUAAACAAAAUAUAUAUGAUGAACUAAAUUGAUAUUCUUAACAUGCAAAGGAUUUGGAGAAACAAAAGAUAUGAAAUCCUCUCAGGACAAAAAUAUAAUAAUGACAUGAACAAUUUGCAAAAAAUAAAUACACAUGAACAACAUGUGAAAAUGUUCGACAACACAGUUAUCAAUUUAUUGCCUCAGCUCUGAAUUCACCCUUCAGUAACUUCUCUGCAAUAAUGGACCGUGUUGUGUACACAUUUCUCUUUACAAUGAGCACAAUGUUAAGCUUUGUCAAUAGGACAAAAUGUCACAGGAAAGACAUUGUUAGAGUGAGGGAUCUUCUCUUACUGGUGUGCUGUGUUUUGUUUUUUCUUGCUAAUGUUGCAUGAGGAGUCAGCUGUACAGGAGUGUGGGGACAUCCAGUGGGCUAUGCCCUAGGUGUGUGCCCACAGAGCACACUCCCUCAGCCGUCUGGCUGCUUCAGCCUAGACUUGGUGACCACAUUCCUGUGGUUCUCCUGAUGAGGGCACUACACAGGUCUAGGUUGAGCCUGCAGAGGUGCCCCGAGUCCCACUGCCUGCCCAAUCCCCAGCCACGGCUCAUCUGUAUUCUGGAGGGUUGCUUCUCAUGGCUUUCCCAGACCAGGUAGCACGUGGUCCAGGCCUGUGGCCACAGUGGCACUUUGGUACUCCUUCUCAUACUUGCCCGCCCACCAGCCUUGGCUCACCUGUACACCAGAGGACUGUUUCCAGGUUGCUAGGUGACUGAGGACCAGCUCCAGCUUGGCUAACCCUGUGAACUUCUCUGUGGAUUUUUAAUGGACCCAAUAAAUUUUGUGUUUCAUGGCAAAGAAUUUAGUAUGAAAUAUUGUUCUUUCUUUGACUUUUAUAAACAUUCCCAGAUGAUAGUGUGUCCCAUACGUGUCAUACAACAGAAAGAAAGGACUUGAUUCUACAAAUCUUUAGUAAUUUUAACUUAGGACGUUUUUAGAACCAAGAUUUAAGAUCUUAUAAUGAGAAAACAUAAAUGCUACUGGUAAUCUUCACUUGAAGUCCUGCUUACUCAUUUGUAUUCUAACUGUAAUAAGCAGAUAUUGACUGCAGUUGAUAUCAACAAUCAAGAUUUACUGAUCUGAGCUAAAUAUCACCUAAAAUAAUGUUAAGGUCAAUAUGUGUCAGAGAGACCAUUGAUCUUGUAUGAAGACUAACAGGUCAUCAAUAUCUCCAUUAUUGCACCCAUGUAUUAUAAAAAUUCUAUUAUAAAUUUUAGUUUUCAGGAAGUAUGUAGUUCAUUUGAAAGAGAACGAGAAGAUUAUUUAAGACCUGUUAUAGUUAUGGGCGUGGAGACAGAACAAGAGUGUAGUUCAGUGGAACUUCGUGAAUUCUUUCCUAAAACCAUUUCUCCAGCUUACUUGCAUUUUGGUGACUGGACUUUUAAGUGGGGUGUGGCUAGAGCUAGGGUGGUUCUGUCAUCAUUAUAAAAGGGCUAAAGAAGCGGAAAGGGGAUGGGUUCAAGAAUAAAGAUCUCAGAGCAGAAGUGGAAAGAGGAGCAGAGUUGAGAGGAGUCAUUUAGAUUUUCACUUUACUAACACUUUGCUAUUCUGCAUAGCUCUGUUAUGCAUGGUUCUACUGUAGUUAGCAGGAUAGUGUCACGAUGUGCACAUCAGAAGCAGAAACAUUAGAGGAUGUCAUGAAAACAAAUUCAUAUUUUUUAUGAUAGAGAAAAAAUUGAUACAUGUGAACUAAAACAAGGUUUUGAUAGUACAAAUUCUUUUUGUAAAACAGUACAAAUUCUCUUUUUUUGGCUUAAACAGGACUGACUACUGGUUAGAGACGAGCAAGAAGCAUCAGCACUAAAUCAUAGCAAAGAAGGACCUGGGUAUCAGCUAUAUGACACAUCUUUGUGGCACUUGGACGAAAAGGAACCAACGCAAAUAUACUGAUGCGCCUGCUGCCUGCUGUGCUGACUGAUGUGCUCAAGUGCGGCAGUCAUGGAGUGGCACACGUGGAUCUUACUUCAAGAAAGAACUUGUACUUAGCUGACCACCUCCAGCAGCAGCACCUCAGGAACCACCUAGUGUUGGAUCUGAGGCCCGUCUUCCCAGGUUUUGCAAUGGAACAAAUAUGCUUGCUGUUGCUUCUAACAAUGAGAGUGCUCCCGGGGUCUGCUCAGUUCAAUGGCUACAACUGUGAUGCCAACCUCCACAGUAGAUUUCCUGCUGAAAGAGACAUCAGUGUCUACUGUGGGGUGCAGGCCAUUACGAUGAAGAUUAAUUUUUGCACAGUACUCUUCUCUGGUUACUCUGAAACAGAUCUGGCACUGAAUGGAAGACAUGGGGACUCCCAUUGCAGGGGCUUCAUCAAUAAUAACACCUUUCCCGCCGUGGUCAUUUUCAUCAUCAACCUCAGCACGUUGGAGGGCUGUGGAAACAAUCUAGUGGUAUCUACAAUUCCUGGAGUCAGUGCUUAUGGAAAUGCAACUUCAGUACAAAUAGGAAAUAUUUCGGGAUAUAUUGAUACUCCAGACCCACCAACGAUCAUCAGCUAUCUACCUGGGCUUCUUUACAAGUUUAGUUGUAGCUAUCCGUUGGAAUACUUGGUUAAUAAUACCCAGCUUGCUUCAUCCUCAGCUGCUAUUUCUGUGAGAGAGAACAAUGGUACAUUUGUCAGCACUUUGAACCUGCUCCUUUAUAACGAUUCAACCUACAGUCAGCAGUUAAUUAUCCCGAGUACAGGAUUACCUUUGAAAACCAAAGUAUUUGCAGCUGUACAGGCCACUAAUCUGGAUGGCAGAUGGAAUGUCUUAAUGGAUUACUGCUACACGACCCCAUCAGGGAACCCAAAUGAUGAUAUUCGAUAUGAUCUCUUCCUUAGCUGUGACAAAGAUCCUCAGACCACCGUCAUUGAAAACGGCAGAAGCCAGCAGGGCCGGUUUUCCUUUGAAGUGUUCCGAUUCGUGAAACACAAGAAUCAGAAAAUGUCCACCGUCUUCCUACACUGCGUUACCAAGCUCUGCAGAGCUGAUGACUGCCCCUUCCUGAUGCCAAUUUGCGGCCACCGAGAAAGGAGAGAUGCGGUGGGGAGGACCACCUGGAGAACCCAGAGCACUUCCGGGAACGCCAUCCUCUCUGCUGGCCCCAUCAUCACUCGGAGCGAUGAGACUCCAACCAACAAUUCACAGCUUGGUUCUGCAAGUGCAGCUCCUUUUCAGCUGAACGCCGUCACCAGCGCACUGAUAUCGGGACUGGUCGUUCUGGGAGUCACGAGCUUUUCCCUUCUCCUCUGCUCACUGGCCCUUCUACACAGGAAGGCACCCAGCAGUUUGGUGUUGAACGGCAUAAGAAACCCAGUCUUUGACUGACUGUGACAGGUCCCUGUCCUCAGAGAAGGCUUCACUGACUAUAUCGCCUGUGACUGCAGUCAGUGUCCUGUCUGAAUUGAAUGCCAGCCAGCAUUUGAUAUUUGUAGGUUUGAUAGAUUUCACAGUGUAGCUCAUCAGCAUGAUGAUAGUGAAAGAAUUUUGAUAAUAUUGCUCUUGUCACCUAUGUAUGUGGUCAGUCCUAUUUGUAUGGCACCAAUGGGUAUACUGACAAUAAGCAAACAAUAUUCAGGACUUAGAUCUUACAGGAUCAGUUAUGUUUCAUUUUAUUUCAAUUUUUAAAAGUUAUUGGUUAUAGAGAUAAAAGGUGGGAGUAGAAGAAAAUGAAUUUGUUGCAUUUUUUCCCCUUAAGCAUUAAAACCCAAUGCGAUGGCAUUUAGAUUUACAUAUGUGGUCCUCCAAUGAAAGUUGCUUUUUGUUUGAUUCCAGCUUGGGGAUAUGUUUUAAUUGGAGUGGCCGACUUGGACACCUGAGAUUUAAUUGCUCAUUCUCUGACCUCCUGUGCUUUUGGCUGAUUUCCAUGUGUGACGACAUUCAUUUAAAAAUAAACUCUUGGGAAAUGUAUCUCAACCUGAAACAUCCAUUUGUGGAGCGAGCAGUAAAAAUAGUCGUUAACCUCCACAGGAUGCGAAGUGACCCCAGAUCAUUAUUCAUUUAAAUAGAACUGGCUGGGAUUAGUUUUCUCCUUCUGGUGCAGGGAGAACAUCGCACAAGCUGACUCUCCCCGCAGGUAAGCAGCUCCGCGGCUGUCACAGCCUUGCUCCCGGCGGGGUGGCCCUGCGAACAGUAUUCUUAAUUCAGGAGCCAUUCUAUGCGAAAGCAAGCGGUCGCUGUGGCAAGAAGGCAUUGUCCCUGCACAUAAGCAUAGCGUUCCUAGAACAACCUAGGUUCCUUUUUUUCUAGAACAAAGAGGAAACAGGUUAAGUGUGUUUUGCAGAACUUUGUUGGUGUUUCCAUGAAAAAAAUGUUCCUUUCCUCACAAAUUUCUGAUGGUGGCAAAACACACUGGAGGAGGCCUACCCGUUAAGGUGUCUUCUUGAAGGUGUCAUGAUGACCACGGAAUAAAGAGUAUUUUCCGCUAAUAGUAAACUGCAAGAAGCAUUUGAUCAUUUAGCAGUUUUGUAAAAAAUUUUAAAAAGCCAAGUUUUAAGCAGCCUAUAUUCUUACAAAAUAAUCAACCCUCCCUUUGUUCAAUCGAACCACACAGUUGAACAAAUAAUUCAAUGACAAACACCCAAACUGAGCAUGUGCAGCUACCAGAAGUGCUGUGUUAAUUGGAAAAAUUGUUGUAAAGACUAAUUUCUAUUCAAUAUUUGUGACCCAUUAUUCAGGACUCAAUUUACUAUACCACAUGCAAAUGACUAUGCAAUUUUAGAUUUGUUUCAAGUGAAGCUCUGAUGUUAAUAAUUAAGUCAAUCAUCAAAUCGAAAACACCUUUUCACUAAUUUGCCUGAAUAGUUCAGAAGAGAGUGUUUAUAUUAUGAUAAUUAGCUAUGAAAUUGCCUCAGCUUUCCCUUUCAGGGUGCAGACACAAAGUGAAGUGGGAUCUGGGACGUCUCCAGAUAAUUUCUUCAAUAGAAAAAAGUCUAACCUUGGGGCCUGCCUGGUGGUGUAGUGGUUAAGUUCCCACACUGCACUUUGGUGGCCUGCGGUUUGCAGGUUCAGAUCCUGGGUGCAGCCCUAGCACUGCUUAUCAAG